UUUAGGCUCUGUGAAUCUGUAAUUAUUUACAGCCAUUACAGUACUGAGACAGCUCUAUUCAGAGUCCUAACCUGUCACCUGCAUGUUCAAGAGUUGAGAGUUCAGACCCUAAUGGCAGAUUUAAUUCCCAUUGGUCUUCAAACAUUAACUCUCAUGGUUAGGUUUCUGACUUUUCAGGUCAUUCAAUUUCCUCACCUCAACACAGAAACUUCAUCCAUAAAAGGGUAUCUUCAUCAUCAUCAUCCCCUAUCGUCCAAUCGUAUUCGUCUCUCUUGCAGACAUUGGUUUUCUUCCAGUGACUCUUGUAACCCAAAAUCUCUGUAAAUCGAUUAAUAUCAGCUUAGCUAUCUGGGUUCUUUUUGAUUUGUCUUGUCUGUGUUUUAGCUCAGAAAGCCCUGAAUUUCCCUUCUUCUUCUCUCCCCUGUUCUGCUAUUGGAGAAAAACUCAAAGCUUUAAAAGAUCCCUCUCCCCAGGUGGGUUCAAUUAAAAUGGAGGUUAGCAGGGAAAGUUCAUUAUUAUUCUCUAGCUGCAGGGUUUUGGUAAUGGGUAUUUCAUCAAUUGGUGAAUUCAUGCUUGGGAUUUGGGUACCAUUAAUGGUGAUCCAGUUCCAGAUGAGGAACUGCUGGGCACAGGAAGUUCCAGCUUCGUUUAUCUUCGGUGAUUCCCUUGUUGAUGCUGGAAACAAUAACUACAUUGUUUCUCUGUCAAAGGCCAAUUACGUCCCCAAUGGGAUUGAUUUUGGGCAGCCAACGGGUCGUUACACCAAUGGAAGAACAAUAGUCGACAUUGUAGGUCAGGAAUUUGGUUUAACAUUCACGCCUCCUUACUUGGCACCAACGACAACAGGUCCAGUGGUUCUGAAGGGAGUGAAUUAUGCUUCUGGGGGAGGUGGAAUUCUGAACCACACUGGCAAGAUCUUUGGUGGGAGAAUCAACCUGGAUGCUCAGUUAGACAAUUUUGCAAACACAAGGCAGGACAUAAUAUCGAGCAUUGGUAGUUCAGAGACAUUGAAUCUGUUCAGCAGAGCAAUCUUCUCGGUUACGAUCGGCUCAAAUGAUUUCAUCAACAACUACCUCACACCAGUGAUCUCAGUGCCUGAGCAAAAGUUGGUCUCCCCUGAAACUUUCGUUGAUACCAUGAUUUCCAGAUAUAGGUUGCAGUUAACACGACUAUAUAAUUUUGGAGCAAGGAAGAUAAUAGUGACAAAUGUGGGACCGAUAGGGUGCAUUCCAUACGAGAGAGAUCUGAAUCCAACGGCAGGGGAUGAUUGCGUCGCCUUCCCGAACGAGAUAGCGUUGAUGUUCAAUUUGCGGUUGAAAACGUUGGUGGUGGAGGAGCUAAGCUCUACCCUCGUGGGCUCUCAGUUUGUGUACGCUGAUGUCUACAACAUUGUCUGGGAUUUGAUUCAGAACUACGCAUCCUACGGUUUUGAAGUAGCUAACUCGGCCUGCUGCUACCUAUCGGGGAAAUUCGGAGGGAUAGUUCCUUGUGGCCCCACAUCAAAGGUGUGUGGGGACCGCUCCAAGUAUAUAUUCUGGGACCCAUAUCAUCCUUCCGAUGCUACUAAUGUGAUCAUCGCCAAGCGUUUGAUGGACGGAUUUGAUGCUGAUGUUUACCCAAUCAACAUCCGACGACUCGCCCAAGCCUCUCCUUGAUGUCUUCCUCCUUUAUUAUUAUUUUCAUUAAGUUGAUAUUUUUUGAGGGCAAAGGUUUUCUGCAUCUCUCAUCCAAUGUGUACUUCACUGUACCUCACCGCUCACUACAAAUAAUUUGAACUCCAAUAGUUAUCCUAAAAA